AUGAUCUACUGUUUAAUCACACUUUUUAUCACUUUUACAUCAACGUUGGCACAAGCCGAUCCAGAAGUCAACAUGAAUGUGAGUCAAAUAAUUCGAUAUAAUGGCUACAAGGUUGAAGAGUACAAGGUUAUUACAAAGGAUGGUUUUGUUUUAGGUAUACAAAGAAUUCCGUCUGGUAAACAUGAAUCAGCUCUCAAUAAAACUGCUAAACCUGUAGUUUUCCUUCAGCAUGGUCUACUUGGUUCUAGCUUUAAUUGGGUAGCAAAUUUGCCGAACCAAAGUUUAGCCUUUAUUAUGGCUGACGCAGGAUUUGAUGUAUGGCUAGGAAAUGUACGUGGUAAUAUCUAUUCUCGUCAUCACGUCUUUCUGAAACCUUCCCAAGAGGAAUUUUGGGCUUGGAGCUAUGACGAGAUGGCAAAAUAUGAUUUGCCCGCCAUGAUUGAAUUUGCGCUAAGAACUACACAUCAAUCGCAACUUUAUUAUGUCGGCUUCUCGCAAGGAACAAUGAUUGCAUUUGCUUCCUUUUCUUCUAAUCAUAUAUUGGCUAGUAAAAUUAAAUAUUUCGCAGCAUUAGCUCCGGUAGCUAACGUAGGCUCUAUCAAAAGUCCCAUCAGAUAUCUUUCUUAUUUCGCUUAUGAUUUUCAGCUGAUAUCCCAUUUAUUAGGUUAUUACGAAUUUUUGCCGGGUAAAUCUAUCCUUCAGUGGUUGGCUAGUUAUCUGUGUCGCGGCAAAUUGGAUCCAUAUUGCAGUAAUAUCUUAUUCAUCAUUGCGGGAUAUGAUGAUCAUAAUGGAAUCAACAAGACUAGACUUCCCAUAUACCUAUCUCAUACACCGGCUGGAACGUCUGUAAGGAACAUGGUCCAUUUUGCUCAAGGAGUUUUAAGCCAUCGUUUUCAAAUGUUUGACUACGGAAAUCCGAGCGAUAAUCUUAAAUACUACGGACAGCCUAUGCCUCCGCAAUAUUCCAUUAAAACAAUGAACGUGCCAACUAUUUUGUGUUCUGGUAGACGGGAUUGGCUAGCUGAUCCCCGAGAUGUUUCAUGGUUACAGUCAAGAAUACAGAAUUUGGUAUGCCAUGAUGUGACUGAAAGCUACGAUCACUUAGAUUUCAUAUGGGCUUCAGAUGCACUCAACGCAGUUUACAAAAAAAUGAUUAAAUAUUUCCUUCGAGAUUAUUAUAAUUGA